AUGGUUCUUUCAGCGACAGAAGUCGUGCGACGGCGACGAGUGCGGCACUCCAAAGGCACCCCCACUAUAAUCAUCGGGAUAUCCUAUCCGUUGACCGACUCUGUGUACAGCCAUCGUCGAAGUCACGAUUUCACACCCCCGUGCGAAACAUAUGAGCCGCUGAAUGGUCCGCAUGGGAAUGCUGCAACUCCCCAAUUUGGAGGCGCAGAUGCGUUCCUAGGCUUUAUAACGCAAACAGUCCAUCAUUUUAUAUUCUCAUCGAUAUUCCCACGGCUCUCAGUCCGAGAGACUGCUUUAUUUGGCCACUCAUUUGGGGCUCUGUUCGCUCUGCAUGCACUCUUCACAGCACCUGCAAGCUUCGAUGUGUAUCUUGCUGCCAGUCCCUCGAUUUGGUGGAACAAAGGCUUCCUAUUGAAGGAAGAGGAAAACUUCUACCAUGUGCAAGGGUCUCAUCGACCAAAAGUAUGGUUAGGCUAUGGGUCCUUGGAGCAACACCCCGUGCCUGAGAGGAACCAAACACAGGCUGAAUAUGAGAAAAGAUUGGCUGUGGCAAAGGAGCGACGUAUGGGCGACAACUGCGACGAUAUGUUUUCUCGGCUGAUCCAGAGUGGGCGACUGCGGUCAGUCCUUAGGAGGAAGUAUGAAGACGAGGAUCAUGGGAGUGUCAUUGCAGGGGCAUUGAGCGGCGCCAUUUUCCAUUUCCUCGACCAAGACGAUGAGUGA